CCUCUGCAUCCAGUGCGCCUCGGAGACGCACACACACAGCGUCUCUCUCUCUCUCUCUUGCACUCUCUCUAUGUCUCUCACUCUUUUAGUUACAGCAGAGGAUAGAGGGAGAGACCGACGCGCAAGAGCUCUUUUCAUCUUCUAUAUUUUCCUAUUUUGUUCCUUUCGCUCGCGUCGCUGACUUUAUUCCAGCUCUUCCUUCUCUGAGAAAUUGUUAUCCCAGCAUCCAGCAAUCUGCCGUGCUCCGCGUAUAUUCUCUUUUUUUUGCCGUAGGAGUUCAGGUUGUCCCCCUCUUCAUCUAAAGGGUACUCAGAGGCUUUGAUCCUAGAGGACUGGCUUUGUGGGAUAUGGCCCAAUAGCAGCAACCCGUGAUGCCGGACCAUGACAGCGACUCCCUCCUGAACAGACAGACCAAGCGAAGACGUGUGGACAUUGGUGUUAAGAGAACCGUGGGCAGCACAGCCUCCUCCACAGCAACAACAACCACCGAUAACAUUGCCCGCGCCAAAGCAGCCAUUUUCAGUGCCAUGAACUCUCUGAGCUCCCACUCUCACCACGGAUCAGACACCGACUCCAUGGAGUGCUCUGUAGUGCAGCCACAUGGUGGGCCUGGCGUUGUAUCAGCUAGCGACAGUGAGUCCAAGUCCAAUGUACUCCGAAAGCUACUGAAGCGAGCCAACUCAUACGAGGACACCAUGAUGCCCUUCCCUGGCACCACCAUUAUCUCCCAGCUUCUCAAGAAUAACAUGGCUAAAAAUGGAGGAGGACCUGAAAGGGGAGAAAGAGGGGACAGAGGUGAGAGAGGGGAUGUCGGCUUCCCUGGCUCAGGGCUCUCCAAUGCAAGUUCAGAUGCUCCCCAGGAGGACGCCUGCAGUAACUCCUCCCAAGACAGCACCCCUCAGGAAUGCUUGUCACCAUUUGGCCGUCCUCCUGGCCUGGGCACCUUUGACAUCGAACGUCUCAAUGAUGAACACCUGCGUGCCAAGCGAGCCCGUGUAGAGAACAUUAUUCGUGGUAUGAGUCACUCACCCAGUGUGGUGGUACCUGCUUCCCGCCAUGAGCGUGACCAUGAGAUGGAUGGGGAACGGGAAAUGGAGCUGGACUGUCCACCUCCUCAGUCUCAGCAGCAGGCCCCCAGCAGCCCACGGGGAGGUGAAGUGUGCAGCAGUAGCAGCCGAGAGAACAAGCGUAAGCAGCGUCUGCCUCAGCAGCAACAGCAGAGCUUCACCCAGCUGGUGUGCCAGAGGAAGGAACAGAAACAGGAGGAGCGACGGCAACUGAAGCUGCAACUGGAGGAUAUGCAGAAGCAGCUACGCCAGCUGCAGGAGAAGUUCUUUCAGAUUUAUGACUCAACCGACGACUCGGAACACAAUGACCUCCACAAUGACCUCCAUAAUGACAUAGGAAACAUGUCCGAGGACAGCCCAGCCAGGUCCGACACCGGUGGUGAUGACCGGGGUGGAGAUGACUUGCGCUCUGACAAUGAGAUGUCUGACCUGGACCCGGGCCAUUUCCUAGACAGGGCACGGGCAUUGCUUCAGGAGCAGGCUCUGCUGGCAGACGGAGAGAAGCCAAGAAGAGAGGGGCUCGGCCGGAGCAAAGGACAGGGAGGUCCAGGCUCCUCCAUGCAUGCUGAAGGUAAACAGCUGGCAGAAACACUGAAGCAGGAACUCAAUUCAGCCAUGACCCAGGUGGUGGACACAGUGGUUAAGGUGUUUGCCAAGCCUCCACGCCCCACACCCCAGCAAGCCUUCCCCCCACUUUCCAUACCUCCUGAAAGGUUUCCCACCGCUGUCAAUGGAGACAACCCCAACUUCCACACCGCCAACCAGAGGCUGCAGUGCUUCGGUGAUGUCAUCAUUCCCAAUCCACUAGACUCCUUUGCUGGCAUGCCCGGGAUGCCAGGUGCCGCCAAUGACCAAACCGAGGCGCUGCCCUUAGUCGUGAGAAAGACCCCCAGUGAGCACCACCACCAGUCCUCAGCUGUGGGUGCCCAUGGUGGUCACCAUCAUCCCUCCCUUCAUCCCUCCUCGCUCUCUGCCUCUAUGGGUUUCAGCCCCCCAUCCUUCAGACACCCCUUUCCCCUGCCUCUCAUGGGUUACCCUUUCCAGAGUCCCCUGGGUGGACCCACAGGUGGCUACCCAGGCAAGGAGCGUUCCUCACCAGACUCCAUGGACCUGUCCCGGGAGACCACCAGCCUGAGGACCAAGAUGGCAUCAGGUCACCACCUGGGGCACCACCAUCGCUCUUGUUCACCAGCACACCCUGGCAGCACGGCCGAGGGACUCUCCCUGUCCCUCAUCAAGUCCGAGUGCAGCGAUCUCCAGGACAUGGCUGACAUCUCACCCUACUCAGGCAGCAAUAUCCAGGAGGGUCUAUCCCCGAACCAUCUGAAGAAGGCUAAGCUCAUGUUUUUCUACACCCGCUAUCCGAGCUCUAAUAUGCUAAAGAUGUUCUUCUCUGAUGUCAAGUUUAACCGCUGCAUAACCUCCCAGCUGAUCAAAUGGUUCAGCAACUUCAGGGAGUUCUACUACAUCCAGAUGGAGAAGUUUGCCCGCCAGUCCAUCAACGACGGCACCACCGGAGUCGAGGAGCUGAGCGUCAGCCGCGACUGCGAGCUCUUCCGAGCCCUCAACAUGCACUACAACAAGGCCAACGACUUUGAGGUCCCUAAUCGCUUCCUGGAGGUGGCUGAGAUCACACUGAGAGAGUUCUUCAACGCCAUUGUGGCCGGCAAAGACGUCGACCCGUCCUGGAAGAAGGCCAUCUACAAGGUCAUCUGCAAACUGGACAGCGAGGUCCCCGAGAUCUUCAAGUCCCCCAACUGUCUCCAAGAGCUUCUACACGAGUAAAUCGAUUUCUCCUCCUCCUCGCUCGACGCUUUGCGCUUUUUUUUUUUUUCCUCUGGUUUCAUAGAAUUUCAGAAUGAUAUUCUCUUUUGUUUUAUUUUUUUCCUUUUCCCCACUCUACUUUUGAUUUCCUGUUUUUUAUUUUAUUUUUUAUUUUUUGAAUGUAUGAAAGUUAUGAAGUAGCAUUCCCAAUCUGAAGCCUCUGUGGCAGUUCCUAAAUGACCUAGCUAUUGUGUUGUUGUUCUUAUAUGAUAAUUAUCAUGAUGGUUAUUAUUUGUUUUGUUUUUCUAUGAUUCUGCUGAACUGAAGAGACUCUAAUCUUAUUGGGUGUUUUUUGGACCGUGUGAACCCUUAUCCGUUUGGCCUGUUGUAUGAUCAACACUAACUAGGUCCUCAGUGUGUGGAAGGAGUUUCUGAAUUACACUACUAAGAACAUAGGCUGGGUUCCUUAUAGACUUCACUCGUGACACCCAGGGGUGUCCCUGCAAUCCAGUGGGUCUCCCACCCAAUGAACUGUCCCUGCAAAGUGGGUGCCCAAUAGACUGUGCUACUGAAGAUGUCCCCAAACAGGACAGUCACACACACACACACACACAUGCACACAAAAACCAGGCCUAGUGAGGUUAUUGACUGGACUAAGACUGGGCUCGUGGUACUGGUCUGUACUGGUCUGUGGGACUUGGACUGGUUUCAAAUAGCUACUGAGCUCUACCAUGUUUUGAAGUGUGUUUUCCCUGCAAGUAGGGCAUUGUGUUUAUUGGGUGUACAUUAUUAUUUUGAUGAUCAUUAUUAUUGUUGUUUAUGAUUAUUAUUAUUUGUCAUCACUGCUUGCUGAAGAUUGGCACUUCGAGAUUUGUUUGUCCCUUGAUGCCGUUGCAGAAAAAAAUAAAUUAUUGCUAUUAAUAUUAUUCCAAAAGAGUUUAGAUUCUGAAAUAUUUUGCCCACACUUCCUCCUCUCCUCCCUACUCUGUUUCUGUUUAUCCGUCACUGAAGUGAACUUUGGAUCUGUUUUCUUUGUUUUGUUUUGGUUUUUUUUUUUUUUUUUGGUGGUUGGGGUCUGGGGCAGCAUGCCUGGAAAGUGUUUUGAUUUUGGGGGUUUUAAAGUGGGCUUCUCCAUUCGCUUGUAGUGACGAGCCUGCACUGCAUAGGACCAGUCUGACGAUGCUUAGAAAAGGAGUUAGGAUUACAGAAAACACAUGAAGUAAACGGUGCAGAAGAAGUGCGGCCUUUUAGUGUGUCACUUGCUGUCUUUUUAAUGGCUAAAUUUCUGUAGCCACUCCAGCUUUGGCAAGUAAACUGCUGCCACCGAAAGAGUCAUUUGUUCAGCUGUCAACAAAAUUGUUCAUCUACUUAUCUGUUCAGGAUUGGUGAACAUACACAAUAAUAACUGCAUAGUUUUUUGUCUUUUGUAUAAUAAGCACUAUUUUGACUGAAAGGCUCAUGUGUGAGAUGCGGUCAGCCUGUGUAUAUGGCAGGCUUUCAUUAACCUAUACAAGGUGUAAAUUACAUUAUGAAGUUAUUUCAAUAGCAGUUGAUACUUGAAUAUAUCACAAUACUGUGGCAAUCUAAAGUACAGUGUCGCUGAAACAAUAGAUAAUUGAAUACAUAUGAACAGAAGCAUCAUAGAGAGGAAGAUAAUUCAAGGAGGGCAAAGAGAGAGGUGAAUAAAAGCUGAAACACAGGCGUUCAUUAAUUUAGCUUCGAGUGGAAUUUUCCCCACAAACAACACACACACACACACACACACACACACACACACACACACACAUAUAGCUCCUUCCCUCCACAUUCACCUGCCUUUGAGUGAUCUAGCUCCUCUCUCAAUGCAACAAUACGAGGUCGAAGGUGAGCACUCACCCCAGGGGUAGAUGGAGAAGCUCUCAGCACUACAAAGAGCGGGGACAAAGGCACAGCGCGAGGAGCAACAUGCACCUGAAACCCUCCGCUCUGUCCCUCCGUCCCACACUGGCAGCUUUUAAGACCCAAAGUGUGAUUCUGUUUAAGCCACUGUGCAAUGUCAAAAAAAACGCCAUUCCUUUCACUUCUACCUGAGAUUCUAAUACCAGAUUUUCCACUUGAGUUGUACGUGUAUAUCUAUAAUUUUAUUACUUUCAUCCGCCCUCUCAGGCUUUUAAGAAUUUUUAUAAGCAAUUAGUCUUAGCUGCCCUUUUGAUGAGGUAAGUUUGAUGCAAUGAGAGGGCCAGAAUACUUUCUGGAGUGCGUGCGAGCUGGCUGUUGAUCUCACCUUGGCGACAUUGGCUUAUAGUGUGUCUGUGUGUCACAAAAGAUCAAAAGGGGCAGGUUGCUUAACCUGCUGACUUGUCUAAGCGAGACAAAGCGCCUGACAAAAGGAGACAGCGAAAGACAGAGAGCUACUCCCUUCAUUAUCUCCCCCUUCUCCUCCUCCUCCUCCUCCUCCUACUCCCCCCACCCCACCCCCGGACAGUGUUCUUCUUAAGAUCCGGAGCCCUGAGAGAGCAAGCCGGACACCUUUCUCACUGAAGGAUGGGCUAGGCCCUGCAUGUCUCAGAGUCUCAAAGCACCAGCCAAAGGCUCUAAAGCGCCGCAAACAAAGGAGAAAGGAAAGGACACUUUUAUCUGAUGCACAGAUUAUUAUCGCUCCACACCCUCCCCCUUCCUGCAACCCCACCCUGAAGUUAAAGAGUCCCUGCGCCUAAAAAGAUUAAUUCAGGAUAAUGAAGAUUUAUGUGAAAAAAAGGAUUAGAAAGAACCUUAAUACCGCGUUGAAAAUAUUUUUGUCAAGUUUUCCUUUUCUGGGGUCGUUUGAUUUUUAGCAUAACAUUAUUAAAAUACAUAUAUAGUCUUUUUUAAGAAUUGUAAAAUACAAAUCUAUGGGAAAAAAAUAUAUACUGUAGUGGAAGUUCUUUGGAAGGCACUGUUAGAAAUUCUUUCAUAAAAGAAAUCUCGAGGGUAUUUUUAGUGACGGCUUUGUUUAAAUCUGUAUUCUGAAUAAGUGAGUUGUUGGUAGAUUAGGAGCAAUAGUUGUAGGUUUUUUGCAGGUUUUGUGACCAGUUUUCUUUUGGUUUCUUUACCUUUUUGUAUAUUGUGCUGAAUGGCUGUCUUCUCCUUGAGAUCAGAAAAAUAAACUUGGAAUCUGUUUUCAGAGUAUGAACUAUUGUUGUUGCUACUGUAAAUACUGUCAGGAUGAAACAAAGAAUAGCUGUACAGUUUUUUCUAUUAUCACUCAGAGUGCUAUGGGGGUGAGAGUGGUUAAAAAAAGAAGGAUGAAAAAAAAAAAAAGAGAGAUGACCCGCUCUCUCCGACUGGACUCAUAACCACUCUUCCAAAAAACCCACAGAGUUUUUUUUUUGUUUUGUUUUUUUUUUUCCCUGCCAUGCCUUUAACGGGGGUCUGUUUCCCGUCGGCAGUGCCCUUGAAGUUGCACCAGCAUCCGUUUCUUUAAUUUUUGCUGACAGAACGAUGCUUUAUAGGCUAGCGGUCGGGUAAUGAUGAUGUCACGGAGUGGCCCGUUGGCAGUCUGUGGACCCGGUCUCGUCCAAAAAACAAGGGCAGACGCCGCCGACGCAGCUCUAGAUUUGACCUGGGAGAGAGACAGGAACUCAUUGUCAUCAGAAGACUAGUGUCAUGGAGGGGGCACAUAUUGUACAGUAACAGUUUAAAAAAAGAGACUGCAGACAGAAAAAGCGAUUUAUACCCUUUUUUUACUGGGUUCAAACUGUUGGGAAAAGUUUGGACUUUUGUGGAAUUUCUGUACGCUUUGCAUCGUGCGUGCGUGUGUGUGUGUGUAGAUGUAUAUGAGUGUGUGUCUGUGUGAGAGAAAAGACCUAUUAUGAGAACCUGUGAACCAGUGAGUGACACAAUUCUCAACACUGUGGCCCCUCCCCCACCCCUGGGAUCGCCAUCCUGACAUGUAAAUGAUUCUCAUUAAGCGUUGGCAACGUGGGUUUGGUGUGUGUGUGUGUGUGUGUGCAUGUGUGUGUGUGUGUUGCGAUAAUUUCCUCUGAUCUGUUUUCUGACCUGUUUGAAAGGGGUUUUUGUUUCUUGAUGCUUUCAGUAAUAAUUCUUUUUUUUUUUUUAUUAUUAUUACAUCGCUCCUCUUUUUUUGUAAAUAUCAAUGAUGUGGACUUACAGUGAUAAAAACUGCCUUUGUAUAACUUAGCAAUAUGUUAUGUAAAUAGUGUUUUGUUGAUGCUUUUUGUAUGACAUUAUUAUUCGAUGCUAGUGCAGUAAUUCCAACUGGAACAGCCAUGUUUCAAAUACAGUCUGAAUAGUUACACACAGAUUGUAAAAUAAAACUCAUGACAUGGCUGCUUUUUUUCUGUUAUUGGUGUCUAUUUGUCUUGCAGAUUUUGUGUAAUUUAUUGGUUUAAUUUAUCCUAAUUUAUUUGAUGUUGUUUUCUUUUGUUUUUCAAACAGGGAAGGCUGUACUGCAUUUCAUUAAGUAGAAACCAACUUUAAAAGAUUUUAAUCCUACCUAAAAGUGAAUUUUAAAAAUAGUAUUCUAGCGUGCUCAUUCGAUGAUAAAUGGAGAUCUUGGCAGCUAAAUGGAACUGGACAGUUUAAAAAAAAAAAAAAAAAAAAAAAGGUUGUUAUGUUUUUGUUCCUGGACAGGGCCGAGGGUGGGCUAGAAAGCUGAAACUAGUUUGAAGCAGUUUUGUAUUUUCUCUUGAGAUUUUUUCCCCUGUAUUGCUUUGGCCCAGCCCAAAAACAACCAGUAGUCAAAUUGCCUUUCGUGCCUUCACCCUCUAUGAACUGAAUGUAUGUGCAGUAUAUAUGCAAGCUUGUGCAAAAUGAAUAAAAAAUGGAAAUAAAAAUGAA